AUGAAUGUCGCAAUGGCCCGAUACAAGAUCGCCUUCUUCCCACCAAAAGGAAAAGGUGAUAGACUUGACCUUCUGGUGGAAUUCGAUGGCAAUCGCACAAUUUCAGACCUUACUGGCACUGUCAUAGAACGUGCUUCCAAGUACCGAUCCUUGCCUAACUACGUCCGACAUGACUGGCUGCAACUCUGCCUAGGCUCAGAAGAUGGCUCCCUGAUAGACCACGAAGCUAUUAUUCAAGAUGUGAUCACUACAACAGAUGUGCUUUUCAUCAUCUUUCUCGACGCUCCGCGAUUGGGCGCCCAGAUUGAUCACAAGAAACCUUCUGAAAUUGAUGCACUACGCAUUCGAGUUAUCAUUCCGAAAGAAGCCCAGGGACCUCUCGAAAAGCGGUCAAUCACUUUCCUAAAAGCCGGCCACUCUUACCCGCCUUCUUCAACCCUGAAAGAGAUAAGAGAUGAUAUUGCACAAUACCUCCAGCUGCCCGCUGUUUGGCCUCGAAAUGCUUUCCCUACAAAGCUCGACCUCCACACCAUCCAAGGCCCUAUCAGCACCAACGACCUCAGCCUGACACUUAAAGAGGCUGGAUUGAACAAGCUCGCCACCAACAAUGUGCUUACGAUAUACGCCGUCGUCAGCGCGAGCUCCCGUCAGAAGGAGUCCCCUCCGACUGAGCUGGUUGUCUUCUGCGUGGACCGCAGCCACAGCAUGUGCACAUCGUCAGGGUUUUUAGAGCUCGAGGGAACCAACAACAACGAUAGCGUCACACCCAUAGCCAAGGCUAAUGCCGAUGUCAUCUCGGGUGAUGAAGACGUUCAAGAUGCGUCUCUGGAUGAGAUUAAAUCCUGGCUACGUGGCCACGAAUCCUAUGAAGACAUCAUUCAUAUCAUUCGUUAUUGCCCCUCUGGUGCCGCGAAAGUCGUGCAACAAAUUCUCGAACUCUUGAGAUUUCUGACCAUUCGAGAGAUCGAUCAUCUAACGACCGGCCGAGAGACAGUCACGACGUCGGCUAGAUUUUCCCAUGUUGGCAUGGGGCCUAAUGAGCGACAGAUGCGCUCAUUACAGAGGAUUCUUGCCGGGAUCAAUCUUCACCAAAGAGCCUUGUCCGAUAUCCUGAUCUACAGUGCCAAAGACCCGUGGUUUGAAUCAAAACAAUGCGUGUGGACCUACGGUGAUGAUCUGCCUCCUCCUCCACCUUCAGCGACUGAGGAGACCAUAGAAUUGGGCGACUUUUGUGUCGUUCCUCAGGAGUACCGAUGUCCGAUCAGCCACGACCUUUUCCAAGAUCCGGUGUGUACAUCUGAUGGAUUUAGAUUCGACAGAAAGGCAAUCGAGUUCUGGUACCGUGACCACAAAAGCAAUCCGUUGACGCAACGUCCUAUCGCGGACACGACCUUGAGGCAUGAUGAAGUUAAGGCGAAUCAGAUCAAGGCCUGGGUCAAAGCAGAGGAUGUCAUCAAUUCUUUGCCGUCGACGGCUAGACGUACAGAAAGCCAACUCUCCAUACGCCUGUCCGGACUCAUCAUAAAUUUCGUUGGCCUUUCGUGCUUCAGCAGAGAGCUGCCAGAAUCGACACGUUUAUUGGAUCUUUACAAAGUCGCCUUUCGAGGAAUGCGAGGUCGGUACGCCAAAUUCUCGCUUCAUGUCCGAGAUGUUUAUCUACCUUGCACCAAAGUGAACAUGUUGCAGAAAGGGGUGUUGGACGGCGAGACUAUUACCAUCAAUCCAAACUAUAUCUCACGUGAAAACCCCCCCAGAGGCUCGACAAGCCAGGAGCAAAUGUGUCUCAUCCGAGUGUACAACACUACUGACUUCUCAAAAGCUCACUUUUCAAAGGAGUCUUUCAACUACUGGGUACCAGUGGGUUCUCAACUUACCUACGGUUCGAUCAUCUUCCGGAACUGGAGAUAUGACGUGCAGCACCGUGGCGUUACCUGUUUUGUCUACGAUCAAUCCGUAAAGACUGAUUUCAAAGACCUCGGCGACGAUGGGAUCGGAUUUACCCGACGCAAUUCGUGGGAGUCACUGUCCAAAGAUUUGAGGGAUGUUCGUCCUAAAGAGGUCCGAGAACAUGAGCCACUCUAUCAACUCAUUCGCGACGCGGGAAAGAAGUCAGACGCAACCCGUCGCGAACCUUACACCGGAGCCAAACUUUCAAGCGCGACCGCUGGGGAUGCCCACCGUUAUGGCCAUUGUCGAGUGUUCAAGGUCGCGUUGUCACAGUACGAGAGACCCGAAGAAAUCGAGCGACGCAAAGUGCGGGACCAGAAAGCCUCAAGAUUGUCCAGGAUGGAUGUGACUAAACAGGUCUGCUCACAGUUCUUCGACAGAUUGAUUGCGUACGGUUACCCCACGACCGUUGGCCUGGUCACCUUCGGGACAGACGUGAGACUCACGCAGUGGCUGACGGGCGCCGUUGAGAACGUGCGAGAGGCCGUGGAUGCUAUCGACGCAGGAGGCAACACUGCGCUAUGGGACGCGCUUGUAUUGGCGGCGAACCAUCUAAUCUCCCAAAGUCAAUCUUACCCGGGGAUCAAGAAGAGAAUCAUCUGCAUUUCCGAUGGCCGAGAUACCGGUUCGGUCUGCAAAGCAGAGGAAGUGUGUGGAAAACUAUUCCAGCACCGCAUCGUGGUCGACUCGAUCGCCCUUCCGGGAGAGGAUACUCGUGCGCUCCGAACGAUCUCGCAUCUUACAGGUGGAUACAAAUUCAGGCCCACGUCUCUCGAACAGGCCCUUGCUCUGUGUGAACUGGAGCCGGUGCUCUCGAUCCACGAACGACCCCGAAACGUGCGAUUCAUGUCGGCUCAACCAUUCGACUUGCCAUGGGCGACUGAGAUUCCAGAGUUGGAACCCGAUCCCCUCACCAGAGAUAAAUUCCCUGCUCUCAAGACCCAUAAGAACCUUCACGACCCAUUCAUCCAAGUCGGCUACUUGGAAAGAGUGACGCGGUCAAUGGUGCCCGAGGAAACGCCCCGUACUCCCACCUCGCCGACGACUCCAUCCCGCAGACUCCUGGCAGAAAUCCGCGACAUUGCCUACAACCCGCACCCUGAUAUCGACGUGUUCGUCUCUGAGAGAAACAUGGGGUUCUGGAAGAUCGUCCUGGAGGGUGCACGAGGGUCGGCAUACGCUAAAGCUGCAUUUGUCCUUUAUCUCGAUAUGGGGAAGGAUUAUCCACGCAAAGCUCCGAUCGCGCGUUUCGUCACCCCGAUCUUGCAUCCAAACGUCAAUCGACACGGAAGAAUCUGCCAUCCAACCCUCGACCGCGACUGGACGGUCCACACCACGAAUAAAGAAAUCCUCGACAACAUCCUCGGCCUCUUGUUGGUUCCCGAGUUCGAGGACCUCGCCAACACCGUGGCCGCGGAGGAUUACUACCGUGACGAAGUCGCCUUCAAGCAGGAGGUGGAGAGACAUUGUGACAAGCACGCGUGGAAAUCGAGGGCUAUGCUGGGGCGGGAUAUCCUCGCAGGACGUUAG